CAUUUACUUGAUUCUCGCCGCCCCUCUCAAAGUCUGUUGGACCAAAUCAUCAUCAUCAUCAGCUAGCGACUCAGUCUUGGUAUUUGAGACAGAGCCACGACCUUAGCAUGAUUCGCAUCCCAGGAAUUCUCUCCGUGAUUGGUCUCUUGUUUGGAGAAACCCUUACGCAAUCCAACAACAUCACAUCUUACACUCUCAAAGAAGGUCCAUUGGACACCGAAUGGACCAAGAAAGUCGGCUUGGACCCAUGGCCUGAGUACCCACGUCCUCAGCUACAACGAAAGACUUGGCAGAAUCUCAACGGAUUAUGGCAGUUGAAAAUUGGGAAAAGCUCGUUGGACUUGGAUUCGCCCCCGUUUGGAGGAGCUGGGUUCGAUCGAGAGAUUCUGGUACCGUUCUGUGUAGAAAGCGCAUUGAGUGGAAUAAUGGAAAGUCACCCUCACGUAUGGUAUCGAAAGACAUUCAAGGUCCCGGCGGAUUGGAAGGGAAAGGUCUUGCUGAAUUUUGGUGCAGUCGAUUAUGAAGCCACAACCUUUCUCAAUGGGCAGAAGAUCGAUUUUCAUCGGGGUGGUUAUCUCAAGUUUUCGAUCGACUUGAGCAAACAUCUUAAGCCUGCUGGGGACGAGAAUGAAUUAUUGGUAUUUGUCUAUGAUCCUACGGACACUGGCGGUGUAAGACCAGUGGGCAAACAAGCGGUCACGCCGAGUCACAUUUUCUAUACUGCAACCACUGGAAUUUGGCAGACUGUCUUUUUGGAGCCAGUUCCUGACGUGUAUGUGGCCAAGCUUGAUGUUAGUGCUGAUAUGCAUGGCCAAGUGAGCAUCACCGCCCGAGCAUCCGAUCCGCAAGCUAGCGUUCCGGUCAAAGUAACACUAUACCCACAGAAGCCUUCUACGAGUGGUCCAACCCCUUCUGCCCUUCUGACGGCCUCCGGCACGUCUAACAAGCCUUGCAAUUUUAAAUUGGAUGCUCCCAAACUGUGGUCACCUGCAGCACCGAAUUUGUACUACUUCACUGUUCAACUUGGAGAUGACGCGGUGGAGAGUUAUCUUGGCUUCAGGACUAUUGAGAAGAAAGUCGACCAGAAAGGGGUUGUGAGACCUUUUCUGAAUGGACAAUUCGUUUUUCAAAUCGGCCCGCUAGAUCAAGGGUUUUGGCCAGAUGGCAUCUACACUGCACCCACGUACGAGGCGAUGGACUUUGAUCUCAAGAUGCUCAAACAAUUGGGCUUCAAUAUGUUACGAAAGCACGUUAAAGUGGAACCUGACUUGUACUAUUAUGCCUGUGAUCGAUUGGGUCUACUGGUUUGGCAGGACAUGCCAUCGCUCAACCUAAAUCCAGGCCCUUCGAUCGAGGAUAGCGCUGAGUUCGAACGCCAAGUUUACAGAACAGUUGCUGCCUUGAACAGCUUUCCAUGUAUUGUGACCUGGAUACUUUUCAAUGAAGGCUGGGGCCAGACUUCUGGUCAGACUUCUGGUUCACCUGAAAUAGAUAUCACUGAGAAAGUUAGAACUCAAGACUCUACUCGCUUGAUUAUGUCAGCUUCGGGUUGGAGAGAUCAUGGGGCAGGAGAUUUCUCCGACAACCAUCACUACGCUGCACCGCAAUGCGGAGCUCCAUUUUUCUCAUUGGAUUCUUCACCAUAUGAUCCAAAACGUAUUGGAUCACAGGGAGAGUUUGGAGGAAUUGGUCACAUACCAGAGCUCAAAAACGCUUGGAAAGUUCAACAGGCACUCGAUUCACAAAAUAGAACAUAUGAAAUUACUAACUCGACCGAAGUAUGGAAUGAACGUGCUUUGUCUGUGAUCGAAGAAUUGAAAGAACAAUUCGAACUUUAUAGUUGUAGCGCUGGAGUUUACACUCAAACGAGUGAUGUAGAAGGUGAAGUCAACGGACUGGUAACGUAUGAUCGACGUGUUGUGCGAGCAGAUGUUAAGAGAUGGAACACGCUACUCAGCUCACUUCACAGUAAAUCCAAUUGAAUAGCGGUGUCGUGAGACGAUAGGCGAUAGCAUCUACAAUUCAGCUGUAGUCGAACCUAUCCUGACAAUAGGGGGGAGCCAGCGCGCCAUCCUUCAAGAGGUGUAUUUCAUCGGUCAUACUGCCCGGGUUCCCCGAGUGACUUCUUAAUGCUUUCGUGCCAUGCGGAACAUCCCCGUCCCGAGAUUCUUACAAUAGACUCAUCUCUUAUUCUCUCUGCUUAUGUCGUUAUCUCGCUGUCUUUAUGGAUUGUUUUUUUCUGCCAUUACAUUUGUCCUCCACUUAAUCAUCUUGCUCGAAUCGAGUCAAUUGUAUAUAUAGCUUUAUUGUUGAAAAUCUCAAUAUUUCUGUCGUC